CAGCUGGCGGGGGUCUCCAUACAGCUCUAUAAAUAAAAGAAAAAGUCGGUAUGCACAGGAUGACCUGACCAAGAAAUUUUUCCUCUGCUUCUCAUGGGUUUCGUUGUGUUUUUACCUUGCAUUAACCCGUGAAGCUGUACAAUCUCCAAACCUUGCGUUGCAAUCAUGAUCGUUGAUAAGAUCCAUGUAACCGGCGAUCCCCGAGUCGAGCGCCGUUUCGCUGAUAUUAACGGCAAGAGAUAUGGUUAUCUUUACAGUGAGCCCGAUACGGGCGUAUAUAGAGCGACAAUCUUUCUUCUUCAUGGCUUCCCGGACCUGUCAAUGGGAUGGCGGUAUCAGAUUCCCAUGCUAACUGAUGUGGGUUUGAGGGUCAUCGCGCCAGACUGCUUAGGAUACGGGAGGACGGAUGCUCCCAAAGAUCCACAUCAUUAUUCUCACAAGAGUUGCGCCAGUGACAUCAAAGAACUCGCGUCCCAGCUUGGAAUCUCUAAGAUUAUCGUUGCCGGACAUGAUUGGGGCGCCGCUCUCGCAUACCGUGUAGCCCUCUGGCACCCAGAUCUAGUAACACACAUCAUCACCGUCUGUGUACCAUACGCCGCGCCAACGAGGCGAUACUUUCCCCUUCAAGACAUGGUAGAAAGGAUAGCGCCCCAUUUCUAUUACCAGCUACAAUUCAUCAGUGGAGAACUGAAUAAGUACGCGCAGACCAAAGAAGAUAUCAAGAAGCUCCUCUCCGCCAUGUACGGUGGGCGGACCCCUGAAAACAAACUGGCGUUUGAUGCAGAGCUGGGUAUUCUGCCCGAUAAGUUGGCUCGUGUACUUCCCUCGGAGUUGUUGAGUGAGGAAGAACUUGAAUACUAUGCGGAGGAGUUCUCGAGGAACGGUUUCCAUGGUCCAUUUAACUGGUACCGAACCCGGGAAAUCAAUUACAGAGAGGAAAUCGCCAUCCUGGACCAACGCAUCACCGCUCCAGUGCUCUUCAUUCAGGCCCUCCGCGAUACGGCUCUUCCGGCACAUCUCGGCAGGGGAAUGACCAGGACUAUACCCCAUAUGACUUUCAAGCAGAUCAAUACCUCUCACUGGGCCCUAUGGGAGAAACCAGAAGAGGUCAAUGAGAUAAUUGCGUGGUGGUUGGAUGAAGUUGUGUUCCGAGACCCGAGGAUGUUCAAAUUGUGAUGGGUUUCGAUGUUGAUAUGCAGAUUCUGGUGCGCUGUAUAUAUCUGUAGUGUUAUUCGUGUGACUUGUUUUACUAUCCUUUGUUUGUUUCUAUGUUGGGGAAUGGUGUCCUAUGUGCAUUAAUUACCAUUUUUAUUUGUGGGCUCUUCAAAAUUG